AUGAGUAGCGGCGUGGAGACGCAGGCGCGGGCGUUCGCGGACAAGGUGCGCGGCGGCCUGGAGAAGCAGAACUGGAUGCUGGACCUCGGCCACCCGUUCCUCAACCGCAUCGCCGAGAGCUUCGUCAAGGCCGCGGGGAUCGGCGCAGUGCAGGCGGUCGCGAGGGAAUCAUACUUCAUGGCAAUCGAAGGCGAGGGAGGAUCUGUGUCCGGCGCCACCGGCUCAAAGAAACGUUCGUUCCCGGAGCUCAAUGGGACGAAGAGUAGUAGCAAGUCGGCAGAGGCCAUGGUGAAAAGCGUGAGCAAAGAGUCGUUACAGUGGGGGCUCGCGGCUGGGGUGCACUCUGGCCUGACCUACGGCCUCGCGGAGGUGCGCGGGACGCACGACUGGAGGAACAGCGCCGUGGCCGGCGCCAUCACGGGCGCCGCGGUCGCGCUCACGUCGGAGCACGCGUCGCACGAGCAGGUCGUGCAGUGCGCCAUCACUGGCGCCGCGCUCUCCACGGCCGCCAACGUGCUCUCUGGCAUACUCUGA